GUGUUCCUCAAAUACUCUUACUCUCUCUUUAAUGGAAUCACACAUUACCGUACCAAGCCACCACGAGAAGGCAGAGACAGAGCCAACAGAGUUUGAGAAGAAUCAGAAACGGUAUCAAGACCUCAUUGCCACCUUUCCUCACACGAAAGGCUGGAGAAUGAAAGGUCCGAUGAUCGAAUAUGGUGGUUGCUGGUUCAUACAGCUUCUUCUGGAAGGUUGCCUUCACGCGCAAGAGUUCUUCCAAGCACGUUCCUUUGACCUCCUCAUUUGUAGCUCCUUAAAGACAGGUACCACUUGGCUCAAGGCUCUUACUUUCGCCAUCAUCAAUCGAUCUCGCUUCGAGAAUAUCUCCAACCCUCUCUUAAAACGUAAUCCUCAUGAGCUUGUUCUAUACAUUGAGAACGAAUUUGCUUUCUUCCCUCAAGUUGAUGCUCUCAAAGAUGAAGGAAACACUCUGUUUUCGACUCAUAUUCCACACGGGUUACUACCAAAUUCUGUAGCCAAAUCGGGUUGUAAGAUGGUUUACAUAUGGAGAGACCCAAAAGACACUUUCAUCUCCAUGUGGACCUUUUUGCAAAAGCAAUGGUUAGACUAUGGCCCUCUCAUUACUCUUGAGGAGUCUUUUGAUAUGUUCUGUCGAGGUGUUUCUCUUUAUGGUCCUUAUCUAGAUCAUGUCUUGGGGUAUUGGAAAGCUUACCAAGAAAAUCCAGAUAAGAUAUUGUUCCUCAAAUACGAGACAGUAAGAGCUGAUCCGUUGCCGUAUGUGAAGAGAUUGGCUCAGUUUAUGGGUUAUGGUUUCACAGCUGAGGAAGAGAAGGAAGGAGUUGUUGAGAAAGUUGUGAAUCUUUGCAGUUUCGAGACAUUAAAGAAUCUUGAAGUGAACGAAGGGGACAAAAUCAGAGAGGACAUUCCUUAUGUUCAUUAUUCGAAUAGCGCGUAUUUCAGGAAGGGAAUGGUCGGAGAUUGGCACAACCACCUGACUCCGGAGAUGGCAGCAAGAAUCGAUGGCCUGAUGCAUGAGAAAUUCAAGGGCUCCGGGUUGCUUGAACAUGAUCAAUAACUGCGUUGUGUGUUUCAGGACAAGGACUUAUAUCCUUUAUAUGCCUUCUCUUUCACAGUUUGAUUCUAUAUGUCAAUAUGUGUUAAGCUAUAAUUUGGCAAGAAUCAAUAAUUUAUCGUUUCUGUUUUGUCCAAAAUUAUUUUUUUUUAUAACAAAGAAAUCAUCUUUGA